CUUUUGGCUUAGAUCAAGUGUAGUAUCUGUUCUUAAUAGUUUAACCACUAUUAUGAGGGCACCGCCCUCAUUCUUUGGUUAUCAAAUUUUUGCCGCCCUUGUCCUCUCGAGCUCUGCUUGCAACUCGAGGGGUGUGAUGACCUUGCUACUGCACUAUCGGCUUGUGUCGUCGGGGGUUCCUUUUUCGGAGUUCUUGUCUCUUUGCCGAGUUGGUCACUCUGUAGUCUUUUGACUACUUAUGGCCUUUGGCAAACAGAUCAUGCAACUUUGUUUUGUAUUUCGUAUGAGAUCUUAUUCAAUGUAUCGGGUGUAAUUUAGCCUCGGCUAUCCCAAAUAUUGUCGGUAGAAGUGUGCAAGGAGCUAAAUGACUAGGUUUGAGACCGGCCUGGCCUAUAUAA